CACGAUGUAAGCUCAACAUUACCAUUAACCCAUUAUAUUACUCUCUCAGCGAAUAUAACCGGAAAAAAGAAUGUGUGCGAGAGACUGAGAGAGGGAAUCUAGAGAGAGAAACAGCAAUUGGGUUUUGAUUCCCAUACAGCAUAGAAGAGGAAGAACAGCGAAAGUUCCUGCCUUUUUUGCCCAAUUUGAAGGCAAGUUUUCAGCCCUUUGGUUAUAUAAUUCCAGCAACAUGUUGGAGGGAUCUUAUAUAAUAUCAAGGGAAUUACCUGCCUCAUGCGAGCAAGAGGGCCCGUGGAUUUACAAUACUUUUCGUGUUGUUGAGCGCUCUAGCAAGCGCAGGUUGGAAGAUGGAGAAGAUGUUGCAUCAAAAAAGGCAGCUAGGCCAUCAGACGUCCAGGAGAGACAGGAAAAGAUGGAGGGUCUACAUGUUCUUCCUGUCUGCCAAACUGAUGAACCAGAUGAUCAGCCUCAAGCAGAGGAUAUAUGUGUUCUUUCUGCUGUGCAAUCUGAUCAACCAGAUCAGCAUCAAGCAACUGGUCUGGGUGGUCUUUCUGCUGUGCAAACCGAUCAGCCAGAUAACCAGCAUCAAGCUGUGGGUCUGAACAGUCUUUCUGCUGUGCAAAUUGAUCAACCAGAUAAUCAGCAUCCAAUGGCAGGUCUGCAUGUUCUUGCUGUUGCACAAACUGAUCAACCAGAUAAUCAGGAUCAGGUGGAGGAUAAAUCAGAUUCAAGUUCGCUUAUUAAUCAACUUGGUCGAGAACUGUCAAUAAGCUGUCUCCUCCACUGCUCAAGGUCUGAUUAUGGCACCAUUGCUUCAUUGAAUAAAAGCUUCCAGUCCGUAGUUCAGAGUGGUCAGCUGUAUAAGCUGAGGCGGAAAAUGGGUAUUGUUGAGCACUGGGUGUACUUCUCCUGCAAUCUUCUUGAAUGGGAGGCCUUUGAUCCUAUUUGCCGCCGAUGGAUGCAUUUGCCAAGAAUGAAUUCAAAUGAAUGCUUCAUGUGUUCGGAUAAGGAAUCAUUGGCCGUUGGUACAGAACUGCUAGUUUUUGGAAAGGAAAUAGAAUCUCAUGUUAUUUAUAGAUAUAGCAUUUUAACGAACAAGUGGACAUCCGGCAUGAAAAUGAACACACCCCGGUGCUUGUUCGGGUCCGCCAGUCUUGGGGAAAUUGCAAUUUUGGCUGGCGGUUGUGAUCCAGCUGGCAAUGUUUUGAGCUCGGCAGAGCUUUAUAAUUCGGAAACAGGCACGUGGAUUAGCAUUCCAAGCAUGAAUAAAGCCAGGAAAAUGUGUUCUGGAGUAUUUAUGGAUGGCAAAUUUUAUGUUAUUGGUGGGAUUGGGACAGGCAAUACAAAGAUGCUUACGUGUGGGGAGGUAUAUGAUAUGGAAACAAGAACGUGGCAUGUGAUACCUGAUAUGUUACCUGCACGAAAUGGAGGAACAGGGGGGAAUGAAACAUCUGCUGCAGCUGAGGCACCUCCUUUAGUUGCAGUUGCAAAUGAUGAGCUUUAUGCAGCUGAUUAUGCACAAAAGGAGGUGAGGAAAUAUGACAAAGAAAAGAAUGUGUGGAUCACAUUAGGGGGACUACCUGAACAAGCAGUUUCAAUGAAUGGUUGGGGGCUCGCAUUUAGGGCAUGUGGAGAUCGGCUAAUUGUUAUAGGUGGACCUAGGGCUUUAGGUGGGGGAAUGAUUGAGCUUAACUCUUGGGUUCCGAGUGAGGGCCCCCCACAAUGGGAUCUGCUUGCAAAGAAACCCUCAGGCAGCUUCGUGUACAAUUGUGCAGUGAUGGGAUGCUGAGUUGUGAAGUUUAAGCAACAAAAAAUGUAGUGCAUGGAGUCCUUUCUGUUGGACUAUUUUUUCAUGGAGAUGGGAAUCUGGACAGUGGGUAAUAUCUGCCUUCCUUUUUGGGGUAAUUUUCAGGUUUUAAUUUAGAUCUAUAGGUACAGUUUUAGAAGGAGGUCUGGAGAUAACUUUGCCUCUUACUUUAAUUGUUUUGUUUCAUGUACUUUUUCUUCCUUUCUAGUCAGAGCAUCUGUUCAGUUACCAUGAGAGGGUUUCAAAAGUUGGCACAGUGUAGAACUUGCACAGAUGAAUAAAGUACUGUUAUAGUUUCAGGUUGUUUCAAA